GUCGCGGUCGUUUCGGCCCUCGCGGGAGGCGGCGCGGGCCCCACGACCCGCCUCGGUACCUGGAUCCCCGCAGAGAUGCCAGAAGGACCAUCUGUGCGAAAGUUUCACCAUCUCGUCUCUCCCUUUGUGGGCCAGCAGGUGGUCAAGACAGGGGGCAGCAGUAAGAAGCUACCCCCUGCCACCCUUCAGUCUCUGUGGUUCCAGGACGCCCAGGUGCAUGGAAAGAAAUUAUUCCUUCAGUUUGAUCCAGAUGAAGAAAUGGCACUGCCUGGCAGCAAUCCCCUGGCAGAGCUUGUAGGAGAAGGAAAGCUGGAGAAAGAGGCCAUGGGUCCAGAGCCCACCUUGGGACCCAGCACUCAGGAACCCUCUGCUGGAUCCCAGUGUGUAGAGCUUGUGUCUGGGGACUCCAGUGGACAAAGGGGACACAGCCCUGCAGCAGGUGCUCAGAGAUGGCUGGAGAUCAGGUUUGGUUUGUUCGGUAGCAUCUGGGUGAACAACUUCUCAAGAGCAAAGAAAGCCAACAAGAGAGGUGACUGGAGCGACCCUGUGCCCAGGUUGGUCCUGUACUUUGGUGGAGGUGACUUCCUAGCAUUUUAUAAUUGCCAGUUGUCUUGGAGCCCACCUCCAGUGGUUGAACCUACCUGUGACAUACUGUCUGAAAAAUUCCACCGAGGACAAGCCUUGGAGGCUCUGGGCCAGGCUCAGCCUGUGUGCUACACGCUGUUGGACCAAAGAUACUUCUCAGGAUUAGGGAACAUCAUUAAGAAUGAAGCCUUGUACCGAGCCAGGAUCCAUCCCCUCUCUCUGGGCUCGCUCCUGAGUUCUUCCCAUCUGGAGACCCUUGUAGAUCAGGUGGUGAAGUUCAGUACAGACUGGCUUCAGGGCAAGUUCCAGGGCAAGGGGUGGCACAAGCAGAUAUACCAGAAGGAGCAGUGUCCUGCUGGGCACCAGGUCAUGAAGGAGGCGUUGGGGCCAACAGGGGGGUUCCAGAGGCUCACCUGGUGGUGCCCUGAGUGCCAGCCUCGGCUGCCACAGGAGGAGCCACAGAAGCUCCAGAACUCCGAAGGCACCUAGUCAUCUUCACAGGGCUUGUGUUUGGGGAAGUGCCCCUGUCCAGAGAGGAGGGUGCAGGCAGCAGUUGGGAGAGAGCGGGUUGGAGGUGUGGGUGGUGUUGGCAUUUUUUCUCACCAGAGUGUCUCAGGCACAGCGUCCACAGAGGCUGGUCUUUUCCUUUUCUAGUUCAAUGGGUUCUUACUAUGUAAACCUGUGGUGGUGUGAAAAUCUUAACGUGGGAAAACCAGCUGAAACAGUGGUGAGGUUGUGCGUGCCUCUGGGGAAAGGUUGGGGUGUGCUGCCAAGGCUGCUUUGCAAGUGUUCUGCUAUGCUGUGUUUUCAAAACUUUUUUUUUUUUUUCUUUCUAGAUAGGGUCUUAGUCUAGCCCAGGCUGGCCUGGAAUUCACUUGGUAGUGUCAGGAUGGCCUUGAACUCUUGGUGAUCCUACUACCUCUGCCUCCCAAGGGCUGGGAUUAAAGGCAUGCACCACCAAGCCCAGCUUUUUUUUUUUUUUUUAGAGGCCCUUCAUUUUCUUUCUUACUUCCUGGGACAGACCAGCAUGGGUGCAGAGCAAGCAGGAAGGUGGUGCUGGUCAGCCUCCUGCCUGGCACCUUGCCAUUGGUUUGAGACUUCAGGGUGAGCUGGAAGGUGUACCCAGUGGUCAGUGAAAAGAAGCCAAUACUGUACUCUUAAACUGGUGUAUUUGUGACUGUUAAGUAACUCAGGUAGCUAAGGGUAGCUACAUGAAACUGGAACAGCCACGUGAAAAUAAAACCAUUAUGUCCAUCAUCUUCA